UCCUAUUCACAGAUUGGAUUCAUGGGUUAAAAGGGCAGUAGUUCAUUUUGCCUGAGGAAAUUAACACAUCCUUCCGCAUGCAUCAGCUCAGCUCAAACUUUUCAUGCUGACACACUGAUCAAGUACUGAAGAAUUCAACAUGCAUUACGAGGACAUUUUGAAUCAUAUCGGGCCUUUUGGCAAGUACCAGAAACUGCUGGUGUUUGCCUUGUUUUUGGUUUUUAUUCCACCUCCCUUUCACUUCAUAGGGCAGGUGUUCCUGGCUGCUAACACCGAUCACUGGUGUGCAGUACCAGCCAGCCAGAUGAUCAACUGCAGCCAACUCCAGCUGGCUGAGUGUCAGGAAGAGCAGAAGAGCUACAGUAUUCCCUAUGAGAUUGAUGAUGAUAAAAACAAAGUCUACUCCUCGUGUGAGCGGUAUGUCAUGAAUGAUGAAGACGUUGGUAGAAACAUGAGUUUUAAUUCAACGGACGUCAUCUCCUGCGAUGCUGGCUGGAAAUUUGAUCACUCGAGCUACAAGUCCACCAUCAACGAAGAUUUCAGCUUGGUCUGUGACAGACAGGAUCUACCUGCCUAUGCCCAGUCAGUUUGGUUUGCAGGAUUGCUGGUUGGUUCCUUAGUGUGGGGUUCUGUGGGUGACUGGAUUGGUAGGAGAAGGACCUUUAUUUUAACUGUCAUUCUUGUCACAAUUUCAUCGACUGUUACAUCUUUUGUGCCCAACUUUACUGCCUACGCUGCCAUGCGCUUCGUUACAGCAGCCUGUGCUUAUGGUGGAAGUCUCAUGAUAUAUGUCUUAGCUUCUGAAAUAGUUGGUCGUAAAAAUCGUGUAGGUACAACAACUGUGCUUUUUUCUGCCUUUUCUGUGGGUUACAUGAUUCUGUCCCUUUUGGCAUAUCUUCUGAGAGAAUGGCGCCACCUACAGUUAGCUAUAUCACUCCCCUUCGUCCUGACUUUACUUGCGAUCAUUGUGUUCCCUGAAUCUCCUCGCUGGCUAAUAACAAAAGGCAGAUACAAAGAAGCUACCAAAAUCAUUGAAAAGAUGGCUAAAGUGAAUGGUACCGAGGCUCCAGAAGACUUACUGGACAAACUGAGUGAAGACAGCAAAGAAGACAAGAAGCAGCCUUCUCGCAUCCCUGUCACCCAACUUGAUCUGAUCCGCACUCCCAACCUCCGCAAGAAAACUCUCAUCCUUUGGGUUGACUGGUUUGUUGUCAACAUGGUGUAUUAUGGACUAUCUCUGAGUACCUCUGCCUUGGGGCUAGAUGAUUACCUUGCUGCCUUUGUCUCUGGUGCCAUAGAGAUACCCAGCUAUCUUUUCUGUUGGUAUAUGAUGGACCGUUUUGGCAGACGCAUAACCCUAGUUGGUUUCUACAUCUUUGGUGGAGUGUUUUCCCUCAUUACAAUCUUCAUUCCUCUUGGAGCUGCCAGAGCUGCAGUAGCCAUGGUGGGCAAAUUCGCAAUCAGUGCAGCCUUCGUUCACAUCUACAUCUACACUCUUGAAAUCUAUCCAACAAUCAUCCGGAGCGUCGGCAUGGGUACAUCUUCCAUGGUGGCUCGUGUUAGUGGCAUCCUCUCUCCUAUCAUCUUGAUCCUCGGCAAGUACUGGGAACCACUGCCUCUCUGUGUCUUUGGAGGAAGCGCCAUCAUUGCUGGAGUCCUGUCUCUGAUGCUCCCAGAGACCAUGGGAUACAGUCUGCCUGAUACCAUUCAGGAUGGAGAGAACUUCGGCAAGGGAAGAAGCUUCCAGCUUUGCGUUGAGGGCAAUGAUGAUGGAGAGAAUGACAGUCCCGCUCAAGCUCCUAAAGACUACCUGCCUCUAUCUACAAUGGAUCAAACUGUCAAGCAGCCUGUGGAUGUCUGAAUGAUUUAAAUUGUGGAAUUCAAUAAUUUUUUUGUGCUUGCUUCAUAUUGUCGGGUGCGUGGAAGAAGGUCUUUAGGGCGAACAAUGGAUCAAAGGUUAAAUUCAGAUUUUUUGGGUUAUGGAUAGAGCAUGGAAAUAUCUUCAUAUGAUAUACGUUUUGUCUCAAAGGGCUACAUCAUACUGACUUAAUUAACAAUAAACAAAAGUCGUAAGGAGGUUUUUCAUUAUUUGUUCCCCGGCAAAAGGUCGGUAGCGUGUAAUUCUAAUGUCACAAAAUAUGUUCCAAGUGCAAAGCCAAGUUUGUUCUCAGCAAAAGGUCAUUGUGAUUUAACAUGCCGCUUAAGAACAUGUUUAAGGCAGAUGAAGUUCCCGGAAAAGGUCGUAAGCAAUAAAAUUGAAUUAACUUCAAAAUGACGUAAUAUUUUGAAAGAAAUAUGCACAAUAUUAUUGUAAUUAUAAACUACUUUCAUGCGUCCAAACUUCAGCCUUAUGUGAUUUUUAAUUUAGAAAUGGGAGCGCAAAACCUUUCAACUUGAUUAUCUCCACAAGUGCUUUUUGCGUGCCUGAGCUACUUACGACCUUUUCCUUGGCACACGACAAUAUAUGGUUUGUUUCAGUAUUUUAAAUAUUUUUAAAAAUUAUAUUGGAUCAUUUUAAAAUAGAUAACAGUUUAGUUUCCAGUUUCUGUAGCUUGCUUAUUCUUCUUUUAAUUCCAAACAAACAUUAUAUUGCAAGGGAGAUAUACGACCGAUAUUGUGCUGGUUAUUUUCCAACAAAAACAGGUUGAUUUAAAAAUUGUAGUCUAGUUGUUUCCACUUUCAGUAAAAAAAAUAAGCAUACAGUAAAAAUGUUCCAGUUUAAUUUCUUAGUUGAGAUCAUUAUGUAUCAAUUUAUAACUUAGUAGCCGAAACCAAACGUAAUAAUAUUUAAUCUAAAACAUAUUGGGAAAGCAUUUUAUGGUUAAUAUAUAUUUUUUUAGAGUUGCGUAGCCUAUGCUCUUGAACAAAAUCCAUUUAUUUCUCUUAAUCAAUUUACAACUUGUAUGUUUUGAUCCAACAAAAAGAAUCCUCAUUUUUUCGGUUUUUGGAGGUCUGCAACCUUCUGAAUAAAAAAUGGUUUAUUUUUAGGCACGAAUAGAUCAGCUUUGCGAGCAGACUGGCUCCUGGUCCUUAAUAAUUAAUCCAAAACAUAUUGGGAGAGCAUGUUAUGGUCAAUAUUCUUUGAGAGUUGCGUACCCCAUGCUCUUCAAUUUUCAACUUGUGUGUUUUAAUCCAAGAACAAAACAAACACCUAUCUUUUUCCUUUUUGGUUGUCUGCAACCUUCGGGAAAAAAUGUUUAUUUUGGGCACAAACAGAUCAGCUUGGCGUGCAGACUGGCUCCUGGUCCGUACAUUAUUGAUACUGAUUGUGGGGUAGGACCAGCCCACCGAGCAAGAUCAGAAUUAUUGUCUGGCAGCUAAUAACUCAAAAUUUGAAAAGUAAUAAUUCAAUAAACAAACAUGGGCCAAUUUGUUCAGUUGAUGCCUCAUUCAAAAGUGAAUUAGAAAAUUAAAAAUUUGGAAAAGAAAUGUAUUUUUCAGGAUAAAAUUCCAAAAUAGCAUGGGUAAAGCAAUUUAAACUACAUAUCAUAUGUGCAGGUAUAUUAUUUGGGACACACAAACGUUUGUGGAAAAGCUAAUUUUUUAUUUUCUUUUUUGGUUAAUGUGAACCUGACAGUUGUG